AUGGCAUGUGUUCCUUGUACAGUUACGGGCUCGCUCGUGGAUGAUGAAAGUCUGAUUGCUGUUCUUGCCACCACCAAGUGCACAGCUGAAGAGGUCAAUCAGAAACUGCAGAUUGCAGCUGACACCCAGGUUCAAAUCAAUGCUGCCAGGGAGGAGUAUCGACCUGUGGCCACCAGGGGCAGCAUCUUGUAUUUCCUCAUCACAGAAAUGAGCAUGGUGAAUGUCAUGUAUCAGACUUCCCUUAGGCAGUUCCUGGGACUUUUUGACCUUUCCCUGGCGAGGUCCUUCAAAAGUCCCAUCACCAGCAAGCGUAUCGCCAACAUUAUAGAGUUCAUGACCUUCGAGGUGUACACGUACGCAGCACGGGGCUUGUACGAGAAGCACAAGUUUCUCUUUACGCUGCUCUUGACUCUGAAGAUCGACAUGCAAUGCAGCAGAGUCAAGCACGAGGAGUUUCUCACGCUUAUUAAAGGAGGUGCAUCACUGGACCUGAAGGCGUGCCCUCCAAAAGCAGCAAAAUGGAUACUUGAUAUAACCUGGCUCAAUCUUGUGGCACUCAGCAAACUCUGGGAGUUCUCGGAUGUACUGGAACAGAUAAGUCGCAGUGAGAAGCAGUGGAAGUUGUGGUUUGAUAAGGAAGCACCAGAGGAGGACAAGAUUCCAAACUCCUACGAUCAGACACUCGACUGUUUUAGGCGCCUGCUUCUUAUUCGCUGCUGGUGUCCCGACCGAACCAUUGCACAGGCCCGUAAAUACAUAAUGGAUGCAAUGGGGGAGAAGUACACUGAAGGGGCCGUUCUCGACUUGGAAAAAACUUGGGUGGAAUCAGACGCGCGAACGCCUCUGAUCUGUUUCUUGUCGAUGGGUUCUGACCCAACGAACUCUAUCAUUGCUUUGGGGAAACGACUGAAGAUUGAGACACGAUAUGUCUCCAUGGGACAAGGACAAGAGGUCCAUGCCCGUAAACUUCUGCAGCAGAACAUGGCUAAUGGUGGCUGGGCCUUACUUCAGAACUGCCACCUGGGUCUGGACUUCAUGGACGAGCUAAUGGACAUAAUAACAGAGACAGACUUUGUCCAUGACCGUUUUCGCCUGUGGAUGACCACUGAGGUCCACAGACACUUCCCCAUCACCCUUCUCCAAAUGUCCAUCAAGUUCACAAAUGAGCCACCGCAGGGCUUGAAGGCGGGGCUUAAAAGGACCUAUGGAGGCAUUAACCAGGACCUUUUAGAUGUCAGCAACAUGGCCCAGUGGAAGCCAAUGUUGUAUGCCGUUGCAUUUCUCCACAGCACUGUCCAGGAAAGACGAAAGUUUGGCCCUCUGGGAUGGAACAUUCCUUACGAGUUUAACCAGGCAGACUUUAACGCCACUGUGCAGUUUGUUCAAAACCACCUUGAUGACAUGGACGUCAAAAAGGGUGUGUCAUGGACUACAGUGCGAUACAUGAUUGGAGAAAUUCAGUACGGAGGCCGCGUGACCGACGACUACGACAAGCGCCUUCUCAACACCUUUGCCAAAGUGUGGUUUAGCGAGGAAAUGUUUGGACCUGCAUUCAACUUCUACAAAGGCUACAGCAUCCCAAAAUGUUCCAGUGUGGACCAGUAUCUUACAUAUAUCCAGGGUCUUCCAUCUUACGACACUCCAGAGGUGUUUGGCCUGCACCCGAAUGCAGACAUCACCCACCAAAGUAAAUUGGCAAAGGACGUAUUGGACACAAUUCUCAGUAUUCAGCCUAAAGAUAGCUCAUCGGGGGGAGGCGAGACCAGAGAGGCUGUGGUGUCCAGGCUGGCUGACGACAUGCUGGAGAAACUGCCCGCAGACUAUGUACCUUUUGAAGUGAGAGAACGCCUUCAGAAGAUGGGUCCGUUCCAACCAAUGAACAUCUUCCUGCGUCAGGAGAUAGACCGCAUGCAGAGGAUCAUCGUCCUGGUCCGAAACACCCUAACUGAGCUCAAGUUGGCAAUCGACGGUACCAUCAUCAUGAACGAGAACCUGCGAGAUGCCCUGGACUGCAUGUAUGAUGCACGUAUUCCCGAACGCUGGAAGAAGGAAUCGUGGGCCUCCGGCACUCUGGGGUUCUGGUUUACCGAGUUACUUGAGCGCAACCGGCAGUUUCAGGCUUGGAUCUUUGAGGGACGACCAAACUGCUUCUGGAUGACCGGCUUCUUCAACCCGCAGGGGUUUCUGACAGCUAUGAAACAGGAGAUCACCCGGGCCCAUAAAGGGUGGGCUCUGGAUCGCAUGGUGCUUUGCAACGAGGUGACCAAGUGGAUGAAGGACGACAUCUCGCAGCCCCCUGCCGAGGGAGUGUACGUCUGCGGCCUCCAUCUGGAAGGGGCCGGCUGGGAUCGCCGCAACUGCAAACUGGUCGACUCCAAACCCAAAGUCCUUUUCGAGAUGAUGCCCGUAAUCCGGAUGUAUGCAGAGAAUAAUGGAAUCAAGGACAGCCGCCUGUAUUCCUGCCCCGUCUACAAAAAGCCAGUUAGGACAGACGUGAACUACAUUGCAGCGGUCGACCUUAAGACCUCAGCGUGUCCAGAACACUGGAUCCUGCGAGGCGUGGCGCUCCUCUGUGAUGUCAAAUGAUCACUAAUUGACAAAAGUCAACACUUCAUUCAAUAUGCAGCAGAAUGGAGCGCCUCAAACAGUGUAAGGGGAAUUAGCGCCACACUGACAUCAGUGUAAACUGAUAUUGAACUGAUGAUCAGAUCACAUUUGAUUUUUGAUUUUGUUUUGCAACAUGAGAUGAUCAUACAUCAUGGUGAAGCUAUAUUAAACCUCAUCCAGUUUAUUUUCUUUCAAAUAUGAGUGAAAUACAUGGAAAUAUAAUGGCCUUUUUAGUUUUUUUUUUUUUUUUUAAAGAAAAAUAACAAUGGAAUCAUUUUUUAGUAAUAUAUUCUUUUCUUAAAAAGCACCAUGGCACACCACUUAUCUAUAGCUACCCUGUACACGGAUACAAGCAGAUACCACACACAUCAAUCAUCUCUACCCAUGUUUCUUUUCUCAUGCGUGACGUUAAGCUGCUUUCUAACCUCGCGUGUUGUGCAAAUAGCCAAUUUUGACAAGAUGAUUCAAGUGCGAAAAGAUGGCCCUACAUGGAUAUUUUACAAAAUUUAUUCAUUCAGACAUUCAACGCUACGUGAGUCUAAAAAGGUAGGUGUCGUUAUAGUCACAUAUGUGUGUGUGUCUGUCUGAAACUGGAGUCAUGCAUUACUCCUCUGUAAUGUUUGGGAGCCUUGAUUUUCAUAAAAGACCAUCGUGGCCUGUAUCAUUCAAUUAAAACGCAAGUCAAAUCUUGUCAUUGUCAUCGGUCACGCUGAGCUGAAGUUAUUUUCCAUGCAGAACAAAAGGCUUUCUCGCUGGUCUCCACAUA